AUGAAAUUUGUAUUGCUUCUGCUAUUUAUUAUUGGUUGUAAUGCUGAUUUUGGAUUCACUGGACAAAAUGGAAUUGUCAAUGCUCAUAACACUCUUCGAUCCAAGAUUGCAAAAGGAAAUUAUGUUGCAAAGGGAACUCAGAAACCAUCUGGAGCAAAUAUCUUGAAAAUGAAAUGGGAUUCUUCAAUUGCCACUUCUGCUCAAAACUAUGCCAACAGAUGUCCAACUGGACAUUCUGGAACAUCAGGUCUCGGAGAGAAUCUCUAUUGGUAUUGGACUAGCGGAUCACUUGGAGAUCUGAAUCAAUAUGGAGCUGCUGCUUCUGCUGCUUGGGAAGAUGAAUUCCAGAAGUAUGGAUGGAAUUCCAAUCUACUAACUAUUGACGUGUUUAACACGGGAAUCGGGCAUGCUACUCAAAUGGCUUGGGCUAAAACAAACUUAAUUGGUUGUGGAGUGAAAGAUUGUGGAAGAGACACGAAUGGGCUGAACAAAGUAACCGUUGUAUGCCAGUACAAACCUCAAGGAAACUACUUGAAUCAAUACAUUUAUGUGUCUGGAACACCAUGCUCUGGCUGCCCUUCUGGAACGAAAUGUGAAACAAUUACUGGUCUUUGUGUUAUGUAA